AUGUCUCCGAUCCCUAACGAAGUGAUCAACGCCCUCUAUCUUGUGGGACGCAACAUCAUUGAUGAUGCCACCGGCGGCAAGAGCGACGUCAGCGGCCUGUGGCGGCUGUGGGACUCGUGUAUGAACGACACCGCGUGCAAGGUGGUGGCGAUUGUGUUGAUUGUUAUUGGGAGUAUCAUUGUCAUCUGGGUGUUGGGCACCAUUUUCCGUUGUUUCUACUACGGGUUGGCCUGUGGUGACGCGUGCUGCGCGUGCUGCUGCUGCUGUGGUCUGAAUAAGCGCUCCCAAGACAACUACCCCCCGCAAUACUACGAGAAGCCGGCAACGCUGGUGUACGCCAACCCCAACAUGUACCCGGCGCAACAGCCGCCGAUGUACCCGCCCCAAUACCAACAGGAGCGCCACAACAACCCAGGUGCUGGCUACAACUACUUCAACCAGAGCCAAGGGUACGAGCCGAUGUACCCCAACGACGAGAACACCAAGUACCGCCAAGCGUUCUAA